AUGCAUGCACGCAAAGAUCCUACAUUUUGUGAGUAUUUACUAAGAAUUGGAGAUGGAAGAGAAGAAGUUAAUGAACAUGAUAAAAUCGAGGUUCCAAAAUCAUUUCUUAUUCCUUUUACGAAUGAGAAAGAUUCAUUAAAUAUUUUAUUCAAAACUAUUUAUCCCAAUCUAGAGAUGCUCAUGUCUGAUACAUCCUCUGUAACAUCACGUGUUAUCUUAACGACCAAAAAUGAUUUCGUAAACGAAAUUAAUCAGAUGUUCAUAGAUGAAUUUCCCACAACUGCUGUGACAUUCAUUGGAAUUGAUGAAACUAUAGAGCCAAAAUAUCAAAGCCAAUUUGAAGAUUUCCUCCAUACUUUGAAUCCUACUGGUUUGCUUCCUUAUAAGUUAGUUCUAAAGCAAAAUUGUCCAGUUAUACUACUACGCAAUUUAAAUCCUUCUGAAGGUUUAUGCAAUGGUACACGCUUAAUUUCUUCUGAUUUCAAAACUCAUAUUAUUAGUGCUAAAAUUGCAAGUGGUGACUUUAAAGAUAUACUCACAAUUGUUGUCCGCUGCUUUCCGCCAAGAUUUGUUGCAAAAGUCCAGAAAAGAUUGCAAGAACUCAUUCUCAUCGAUACUGAGUAA